CAGAAAUGUGCCAGUCAGACCGGGUCCGGGUCCGGGUCCCAAAAUUUUCCAGUUUUGCCACCUCUAAUUGAGACAACUACAGCAGGAGCAAGCACUACAAAGAAAACACGAAGAAAACUUAAGAGCGCUGGAGCUGUUGAGAGCCCAAUAUGAUGUAGAAAGGGCUGUGCUCGAAGAGGAAGAGGAGACAAACGAGGAGAGGCCGAACAUUUUGCCAUCUACCACACUUGAAAAUCGUGAAGACAUCGGUCCGUCAGUGGCUGAUUCGAGCCGAGCUGAGCGUCCCGCUCGCCUGGGAAAUGCAAGCCAACAAGGCAACAAGCCUGUGAGUAUCACGAUUACUGAGGCUCCUAAGUUAGAUGUACUGUGUUUUGACGGUGAUGUGGCACACUACCCACUUUUCAAACGGCAAGUCAACGAGGCACUGGAAAGCGGCCUAUUUUCCGAAGCCAAAAUCGUGUCUCACCUCAAAGAGAGGCUGAAAGGGAGGCAUUUAAUGCCGUGCACGGUGCCCUCCUGGCUGGAGUCUCUCUGACGCGCAUUCUACACGUCUUAGAUUCCAGAUUCGGAAACAAACUGCGCGUAACUCAAGCUGUAACGAGAAAACUCCUAGAACGAUCAAAAAUGAGUGUCAUGGAUGUUGAAGAACUCGCUCGCUUCAGCACAGAGGUAUACAACGCGAUAGCAGUCCUCGAAUCGAUGGGAAGCGAAAACGAAAUGAACAACUUUCGAACGAUCAGCCUGCUCGUAGAGAAGCUGCCUCUGGACAGUCAGCAUGCAUGGGGCUCAUACGGAAGACAGCAUGCGGACGAACACGGUGACGUCACCUGCCGCACCUUCUGUGACUUUCUGGAGGAGCACGCUCAAGACCGGCAAUUCAGCGCCGUUCGCGCUGAGCCCGGCAGCCGAGAACCUACCCGGAAGCCACGCCCACUACCCAGAAAAGUAAGGCAGAGUUACGCGAUGGACAGCGCUGCUGAAGUGGGUCGUGUGGCCGCGUCAGACGCAACCAGUCCCAGUGGGCAAGGAACACGGAGUCGUGCGCAGGUCUCGUGCUACUUUUGUAAGCAGCCCCAUUGGAUUUCGCGCUGCAAAGCUUUCCAAGAGCUGACCGGUGACCGGAGAUGGAAGUGGACCGAGUCAAACAGCGCCUGUGUGCGGUGUUUGAGUACGUCACAUCGCACACAACAGUGUCAUAGACAACUGCCAUGUGGCGUCGACGGCUGCAAAGAAAAACAUCACGCUCUGCUACACACCAAGCCGCAGACGACAGCGGUAGUGGGCACGGUGAACGCCGAUCGUAAAGUUAUGCUGAUGAAGACGGUGGUGGUACGUGUUCACGGACCGAGCGUCACAAGACAGUGCGUGGCUUACUUAGACGAAGGUAGUUCCCUGACACUAAUCGAGAGUGAUUUGGCAGAAGAACUGGGACUUGACACGAUGCCGGACAAGAUGAGAAUUAGGACGAUGACCGGCGUCACAGAGCACGAAGUUGGAAAACUCGACCUUCUCGUCAGCAGCGCCGAAACAGGAAACGAGUUUGAGCUGAAGGAUGCCGUAGCCAUCAACAAGCUGGAACUGAGCAGAAGCCCAGUGACUAUGACGGACCUCGCUAAAAAGUAUCCCCUGCUCGAAACUAUGGCGAUACCUUAUCUCGAUGAGGCUCCUCGAAUGAUCAUCGGGAUGGACAACGCUGAGCUCAUCGCCACAAGACAGCUGCGGCGAACGACGAAAAAUGGUCCUCUGCUGCAGAAGACCCUCCUCGGCUGGACAGUGACAGGGCGGGCCCUGGCCGCUGUCACUGUUACUGACGAGCAAGUGCAGUUCAUCCGGCGGCAUGAAGAUGACUGCACCCUAUUGGACGAGACGUUUCGAGCCAGCUGGACUACUGAGUCGUUUGGCUGUGUGUACGACAAAGAUACACCUGACAGUCCAGAAGACCGCCGAGCAGAGUCCACUCUUCAACAAGAAGUGUUCCACAAUGGAGAGCGCUGGGUCGCGCCCAUUCUGCUGCGAGAUUCGCAGGCCGUGUUUCCUCCCAGCCGGACGAUGGCUGAGAGGAGAGCUAAGACUCUGGAAAGAAAACUGGACAAAACUGAAAAGUCAGGAGAUGGAAAAUCAGCCAAACUGGUGUACGAAAAAAUGGACGAAAUGAUAAGAAACGGACACUUCCGGAGACUAAGCACGGAAGAGGCAGCCAAAGAAACUGACCGCACAUGGUACCUUCCCUUGUUAGCAGUCACUAACAAGAUGAAGCCGGAAAAGGUACGACUGGUUCUUGACGCCGCCGCGAGGAGUCAGGACAGAUGUCUCAACGACUAUCUCAUGAGAGGACCGGACUUCUCCAACUCCAUUCCUGGAAUCAUCUGCAGAUGGCGUGAAAAGCCAAUCGCCGUGACUUCCGACGUCAAGGCCAUGUUCUCGCAAAUUCUCGUGCGGGACCAGGAUCGAGCUUGUCUGCGGUUCCUAUGGAGAGGACGCCGCCGGACGGGACCAGUGGACACUUACGAGUCACAAGUCGUCAUCUUUGGCGCAAAAUCUUCACCGGCUGUCGCUGGAUACUGCUUCAGGGAGACGGGCAAACGAUUCGGAAGCCAACUUCCACACGUGAUGGACGCUAUUGAAAACUGUACGUACGUGGACGACAUCAUAUACAGCGUCAACACGGAAAAUGAGGCGAUCAAAUUCAUUGAAGACAUGACGUCGACCCUGGCUCAAGGAGGGUUCGAACUGAGUGAUUGGACUUCAAACACUGCGACAGUGGUGAAGGACGGGUCGGGGAACGAGACAUCACUCGAAGAAAAUGUAACACUGGGUGUGACCGACUCACAACGAACCCUCGGCACGGUCUGGAAGCCCAGCUCUGACAGUCACACUGAUGGAUGGGCUGAUAUGCCUAGACUCAAGGACAAGACGAUCUCCGGAAAUGAGUACAUCUGCUAGAUUUCCAGUCAUCUUACCACGCGCUCACCUGUACACACGUCUGUUAAUACAGCACAUCCAUGAGAAGAUGGCUCACCGCGGUCACGACGCCGUUCUCGUUGAAUUACGACAGCGGUGUUGGGUGCCACAGGCAGCACGGGAGAUCAGGAAGGUCGUCUCUCAGUGUCGGCUGUGCAAGAUCAGGAAGGCCAAGCCUGCAGCACCGCAGAUGGCACCUCUGCCCCUGCCGAGAGUCACCAUGUUGGGUGGAGCGUUUCGUGCGACGGGACUGGAUUUUUUCGGUCCGAUGCAGAUCAGGAAAGGACGAGCCGUAGGCAAGAUCUGGGGAGCUCUGUUCCGGUGCAUGGCGACAAAGGCUGUACACAUAGAGCUCACUGAGAGACUGGACACCGACGCUACCCUCCCAGUAAACAUGCCGACGUCGGCCCGACGUCGGCCGACUCGGGGUG